GAGCACUGGCGAUGUGUCCACUCUUGCCUGCUUGUGCGUUUUCUCUAUAAAUACUAUACAAUUAAAAGAGGGGGGGGGAUGUUCCUUGAAGACCACAGAGUGAGAGUGAAGUUGACAAAAUGUAGUGCAGGGCGGUGAGGGGGGACAAAAGUGAGCUGCAGCGACGCAAAACCAACCAACGUGUGCUGGGGAGGAGCAAAUGUUUGAAAGAGAAGUGAGGGGCCAGCGGCAACGUAAACUUUUUCCAGCACAAAGAUGUUCCCGGACGAUGAGAUCCGCUUCUCUGUCCUCGACUUGGUCUUUAUCUGGCUGGGUCUGGGCACUUUCCUCCUGGACCUCGGGACAGAUGCCUGGGUCGCCUUCUCCUUCUACUGGUCUGGAGAUUAUUUUUGGGGCAGCGCCGUGUUGGUCUUGGUGGUUUUGUGCUCGGCGGUGGUGCAGCUGUUCAGCUGGUUUUGGUUUGCUGGCGAUCGGCAACAACUGGAGCGUAUUUCCAACUCCGGACGCCUGCCCAAGUUGAAAGUCACCCCGGGGGACCGCGUCCUCGGCCUGUUGCACUGGCUGCAGCUGGGAUUCCUGGUCAGGUACAUAACAGCGUUGGAGCUGGGCUUCCGCGUGUACAAAGAGAAAGAAACUAUGGGCUUGCAGUACGCCAUUUACCUGGCCUGUGAUAUCAGCAUGUUACGACUUUUCGAGAGCAUUUUUGAAAGUGCUCCUCAACUCACACUGAUGCUCUACAUCAUCAUGCAGAAGAAUCAAGUGGAGAUUCACCAGUAUUUCUCCCUUGUGGUUUCUUUCCUCUCCAUUGCUUGGGCUCUCCUGGACUUUCAUCAGUCCCUGCGCACAUCUCUUUCUGACAAGAUGCGUCUUCGAUUCAAGUCGACUGUGCCUUACUUCCUGUGCAACCUGCUGCUCAUCUGUCCCAGGAUCAUCAGCAUUGCCCUCUUUGCGACCGUAUUCAAACAGUAUAUCUUCUUGCACCUGGCUAUGAUUUGGCUGCCGAUGUUCUUCUGGGCAUGGCGGCAGGACACGACCUUUAUGAACAGCUUUCCGGAAGAGGUCUUCUACAGAGGUACUGUGGCAGUGAUCUUGUACUUCACAUGGCUUAAUAUCGCUGAAGGAAGAACAUUCAUCAGGCAGAUUAUCUAUCACUCAUUCAUGGCAGUGGAUUGUGCAAUCCUGGUUGGCUUUUGGUGGCUCCACAGAGACCCAGAUUUAACUGACCCCUACGCAAUGCAGUUACUUAUCGGAACAUCAUUAUCUUAUCUUAUUGGUGUGGUUGUGAAAUGUGUUUAUUACAAGUAUCUCCAUCCCUUUGUUACGGCAGAGCACCUGCUCAGUACGGACGAAACGGACAGUUUACAGGAGGAUGUAUUCCGCUCAAUUGGUGAGGACAGACCUUUGAUGAACGAGAGAAUGCAAACCUUUUCCAAUAGUUUUUACUCUGUACCUGAGGAAGACAGUCACGUCAGUAAAAUGGAGGAAACUAAAAUCUAAAUAUAUAAUAUUUUCUUACAAUGCCAGUUUACAGGAAGGAACCUCCUCUGCCGCUGAAUACAUAUUUAUUUCAGGGCUAAAUGUGCCAUGUGGGCACAUAUCAGCCGGAGUGUGCAAAGUUGAAGCAGGUCAUUGUAAUGUUAUUUUUGUUCCAAAUGUCAUCUCUCGCCAUUCUCGAGGGCCACAAUGCUGCAAUGAUGAGUCUGUCUGCCAACAACUGUAAUAUAACAAUAAGCAAGUUAUAGGUUCUCACUGUGAACCUUCAGCUUUGGAUGUGCAGUGGGGCCCAUGUGUGGAGGUGCACUGACCAGCUACAAAGAUAACCGGCUCGUGAUCGAUGUUGACAAUAUGUAUGUGAUGGUGACUCGACCCACUGUAUUCCUCAUCUCAACCUCACCAUCAGUUUUUAACUUUCAAACCCGUGACCUCACUGCGAUGCCCAGAUAAAGGGCAAUGUGGAAAUCUGGUGUACGUAAGGCUAGAUGUUCGAUUGGAAGACUCAACCUAUGAUGUGAUACCAUCAGGAGAAAGGACACAAGUUCAAGUUAACUUGUACAUUUGAAAAAUCAAUGUGUUUACAACAUUUCCUCUUUGUAGUAGUUGCGAAGGCAAUUGCAUUAUUGAUUGACAUUAUUUAUCCACCAAACAACGAGAAUGUUCAACAUUUGUUGUUAGGCUAUUUAAUAGCAAAUUAAUAUCAGUAUUAAGCCAUGGGGAAACUCCUUUGAUCAAAUUCCACUGUGGUCAUCAGUAAACCAGAAAUUUGCAAAUCACUCCGCCCAUAUUCAGCCAAACAAUGAGUGAUUCUAAACUAUUUCCCAAAUUCCUUAAUUCCUGUCAUAGUCGUAUAAAAUCACUUCUUCUAAAGAAAAUGAGUCAGAUUAUACAUAUUAUUUUAAAAUAUUUUCUUUAAAUCUAGCCUAGUGCUCUCAAAUGACAUUGACAUACUUUACAUUAAUUAAUGUAGAUCUGGUACUAUGUUUCAAUUCUAAAAUCAAGGAGAUAAAAAAGAACAAAUAUUGAAGCAAACAUUUACAUCGACUGAACACGAUCAUUUAGUUUGUGUCAGUGUUGGCCAAGGAAGAGUUAUCCAGUCUUGCCUUUCGAGGAUAACCUGGAUGGAUCAUUAGCAAAGGACAUCUCUCUAUCGCGAUAUAGGGAAAAAGGAAACCAACCUUUGGCUUCCUCGAAUUAAACUGAUCUCAAAUGGGGAAAAUACUAGCAGCAAAUCAAGUGGCCAUGACUGAAACACUCUGGAAACUGAAGCACUGUAGAAAUGUAUGAAUGGGAUGAUGCAACAGGUGAGGAAACAAUCAAGCUGAGAUAUGAUGUCUGAUUUUGUGUUUUGUGAUAAAUUGUGCAAUUAAUAUAGUCUUUAAAAUGACUGCAAAUUGUGAAGUGCAGAACAUUAUAUGUAGAAGUGAAUAUCAAAUGGGAAGAGUAUUGCUGAGAAAUUGGAUUUCACCCACUCAGGGCAUAAUAUACGUGCUCUCUGUAUAGCAUCAAUGCUAAAGAGAAGCCGUGCAGAUAAAUGGGACCUAUAUUAAUUUUUGUAAGGAGCUGUAUUGACAGCCACUACUUGUCCGUCAGCUGAUCACUGGGAAUGGUGGCAGAGCUCAAAGAAACAUGGUUUCUAGUGGGGUUUUUUUUACCUCCUGUUCUAUAGUACACUCCAAAUCUGUCCGUAAAUGUGGAAACAUGUUAUGACAACUUGUGCUGUCAUUAGGGACAGUCAACAUCGCAACAAUGUCGGAAGCACUAAGGCAGAUUUGUAACCAAUUUGUAACACGGUUUGUAACCAAGCCAAUUUCCUGAUCGGCCAAACUACUUCUGAAAGUGAUGGCCAGUUCACAUUUAUUUUUGAUUCCCACGUGGAAAAUGGGUGAGAACGAUGUUUAAAGUUUCAGGAUGCCCGUUGAAGUUUCUGUGUUGGUAUUUAUUUAGAGAAUGUGACAAAGGUGUGCGUGCAAUGAUUGGAAAAAUAUGAUCCAAUUUACAAAUCAAUGUGGAAACGGUAUUGAGUUGGGAAUCAGGUUAAUAUUUAUGUGCAAGUUCACAUUGGUAAAGUCGGGGUGGGAAGCUGUUCAUGCAGUGGAAAGCCAUUCUCCAAUUUCUUAUGAAUACUUGGUGCAGGAGAACGUACUGUGUGGAUAUGGACCAUUCAUAGCAGAUGUGUGUCUGGAUAUUUGAAGACCAAUGUGUUUGUUAUUUAGAGUAACACAUUCUGUGAUUGAAAUGUUGAGUUACAACAAUGUAACCUAAUGGAAAAUGUUCUGUUAUUCCACCGGGCUAAUUAGCCAUCAAAAUAAAAUCAACAAGUUGUAGUGA